GAUUCAGUAAAAAAUCUUUCAUUCAAUCGUCGUAUGUAAUAUUAUUUUUGUUGCUAAAUAGUGCUACAUUUGUAUUAAUUCUAUUUGUUUAGCUUUUUUCGCAAGUUUUUAAUAAUAGUUGAACUAAUGUUCAAUGUCGUUUUAGAGAGUGGUGCUAAAACAAUUCGUUGUCGUCACUGAGUGACUGUCCAAGUGUCUAUCCAUUUUAUCACAAUCAAAGUGAUAUACAAAUUGUUUUAAUUGCGAUGUGGCGCAGGUAGUUGGUUAUUAACGCGUGUGAAAUGUCACAUCAUGGAUGCCCAGAAAGACUUUCGAAUAGAUCGAAGGGUUUCCAGGAAGAUGGAUCGGGGCAACCCACGAUGGAAGUGUUGGUGGAGACCCUCACUGGAACGGCUUUCGAAAUGACUGUAUCGCCUUCGGACACCAUAUUUGCGAUAAAGUCCAAGAUAUUCAGGGUAGAAGGUAUCCCGGUCUCGCAGCAACACCUCCUGUACAACCUGCGGGAGCUGGACGAUGCGCUAUCCCUCCGCGAACACGCGAUCGGUGACGGCGCGAGACUCCGCCUCGUGUUAGGGCUCCGCGGAGGGCCCGUGGCCACACGCCGCCUGCCACCGCCGGAGCCCUGGCGCGAUAUCGAACGGCUGCUGCACUCCAACAGGGACGAGGGCGAGUGGGGCGGCUCGGGCUCGGGCAGCGGCUGCAAGGCCACGGUGCUGGUGUUCCGCGAGGGCGAGCGCGUGAACCUCGUGCGCGUGCGCGAGAACAAAGACGGCACCUACUCGCCGCUCGACCACGCCAAGUACUCGUCGUCACUCGGCCACCUGGCGGAGGCGGAGGCGGACGAGGCGUCGGGCGCGCUGCACGACAACGCCGUCACCAUGGGCAAGAUGCUGGAGUUACGGCGCCGCAUGGAGACGCUUUCCGUGCAGCGACGUGCGCACCCGCCCGGUGAAAAGCACGAAAUACAGAAAACACGCUCCGAGGAAACUCUAUCCGUCCCCAGUUUGCUAGACGACGGUCCCGACUUCGCUACCCGGACGUACAACCCGUACAGCGAGGCCGAGGACAUGUUCGCGCCGCUAUACGACGGCAACUACACCAGAUACGACUACGACUGCUCGUUCGCGGACCGGUACACCCUGUUGCCGCCCAUCGGCACCAGGACCGACUCGGACCAGUCCAUACAGGACGCUGUGGCUGAUGAGAGGCUGAAGCUGUCGGACGCGCUGGCGGGCUCCAUCCUGGUGAAGGCGCGCGAGGGCGAGGAGGCCGCCAUCUUGGAGGAGUGCCUGGACCGCGAGCCGUGCCUGCACCGGGACGCGGCGCCGCUCGCCGCCAAGAGCCUGGCGCCCAUCCCCGCCGCAGAGUACGGCCCGCUGGUGGGCGGCGAGGCGGGCGGCUGGCGCGCGCGCGCCUUCGGCUCGGGCUCGCAGCUGGCUCGCGCCGCGCCGCGCUCGGCCUCGGCGCUGCCGGUGCGCGCCGCACGCCUCGCGCCGCGCGCGCCGCCGCUGUCCGACGCGCUGUUCUCCUCCUCCACCUCCGACCUGGAGAAGCUCCGCAGGAACAGGAUCCUGCCCGCGCUGAGCCGGCACCGCAACCGCGAGCACCUGCACCUCAGCGACGACGGCCUGGACCUGUCGCGCCCCGAGCCGUCGCGCCCCGAACCGUCACACCACGAGCCGUCGCGCCACGAGCCGCCGCGCUGCCGGGAGGUGGGCAGCGAGCGUCGCCAGCGUAGGAUAGAGAAGAUCGCCGAGAUGGACGGCUCGCGGCUGUUCGCCUUCGACGAGCCCAAGAAGCCGGAGCCCGAGCAGAAGGCCGACAAGAAGGUCACGCGGAUACGCUGCGGCUUCUGCAAGAAGCGACUCAGCAUAGCCACGGUGCACAAGUGCAGAUGCGGCGCCGAGUUCUGCGCGCCGCACCGCUACGCCGAGGUGCACGGGUGCGCGUACGACUACAAGGCCAACGCACACCACUACCUGCAGCAGGCCAACCCGCUGGUCAGCGCGCCCAAGCUGCCCAAGAUAUAGACUGUUCCGCUGGAGUUGCAAGUGCCGCGGCGCUGUAUUUGCUAGUGGUUUCAGUGAAUGUGCGAUACGGAAGUUGCAAGUGCUAAUGUUCAUCAUCAUAUCAACCGAUAGACUUCCACAGCUGGACAUAGGUAUUUUAUAGGACGUUCGAAAUUUCAUGGUUUUUGUGGCUCCCAGGGACUCACUUGAUUCGUAUGCCAUAUGCCAAUGCGGGGACUGCCAUUCCAGCACUUGUCUUACAAUUUAAACAAUCUUUCCGUCACUUUAUGAGUUAAACUUUUUAAUUGCAAAACAACACAUACAUCAAAAAUAAGUUUUCUAUGCUUGUUUUGUUUUGUUAAAUGAGCAAUUUUCAUAUUGAAUACAUAGUCGAAAUGAAACUUCAAUUACAGUUAGUGUCUCGCAAGAAUUUAGAAAUUGCUCAACUGAUUUUUUUUUUGUGUGUUUGCCUAAAAUUUUGGGAUGAUUUUGAAAAAUUAGGUAAAACUCAAAGGAACAGACAAAAAUAGAGAAUUUCAAUUAUUCUUUUAUAAAAAGAUUAUAUAGUAUUAUGGAAGAAUACCGAAGUGUUGCUUGUAUAACAUUAUAAAAUAUAUAAAAUACACUGUAAUAAUUUUCUUUGACGAAGUUCUAUAGAGAACGAAACCUUACAACAGGAAAUCACUCUUUCAUUUCACACCAUAUUAACUCUGCACUGUCUUAAAUAUAAAAUGUCUUAAUAGAAUUCUAAUGUGAACUUUAUAUUAUCUCAAAUAAAGUACAUAUGGACAAGCAGGUUAGCAAAUCUAAAGUAUUGAAUCACAAGUUACUUAACUAUAUUGCACUUUUGCUGAAACCAUUUUACGUCCAAAAAAAGUAGAAGUAAAAAAAAAAAA